UGACGGAAGCUUGCAUACGACCUCGCUUCCAGUUCUCUUCCUGCCUCCUCCUGUCUCCUCAAUGUGACUCACGUUCGUCUCGAGGCCGUCCUCGACGAAACUCCAGAUGAGCUGGAAUAGCCUAGGAUGGCGAGUACAGAUUCAUCAGUGCUGUCCAUCAUCGCAGCGUUCACAAAUGGGUUGGAUAUACUAAAGCGGGUUCGGCUAAGGCGGAGAAGGAAGAAGAGCAAGGCUACCGAGAAAAGAGACAAUGAAUUGGGAGGGGAAGAGCUCAAGUUGCAGAAGUCGUUGCAGGAGGGGCCAGUUCAUGUCUAUGAGGCCUAUGAUCGGAACAGGAGGCGGAGUGGGCUGCGAUAUGCUCAAGGCGAUGAAAUCGCACAUACAUCACUCAUGCACACGCUGUUGAAACUUAAUACCGGACUAGUCGGCAUCAUCUCCUCGUUCCUCGGCAGCGGUCGGAAAGAUGCGAAGCUGGAUUACCGUAGCCUAACCAAGCUCUCCGAUGAGUCUCGAGCGGAGACCAUUGAUGCUUUAGGGAAGCUGUACCACCGAAUAUCCCGCUCGGACCUCACAUUGCUCCAACCGCAGCCUUUCUGCGGUAGAUGUAGGCGUCGGGUACAUCAUGGGCCUUGCCAGAGUCACGGCGAUGCAAAGUCGGCCGAAUCGAACCCGUCUAGACGUGGGGAUGACGCGGCCGAAAAGCGGAUGCGGCAAACGAGUCGGCAGAAAGACGACCAAGCUAGUGUGCAGCGAGUUCAACACGGCUCUGCAGAAUCGCGUCUGGUCAUGGUACGGCCGCGAGGUCGGCGGACGAGAUCAUCUUCGACGAGUUCGUCGGGCAUGAAAUCCGGGGAGACGACGGCUGUGGCAUCACCAACAUCAUUGCCAACCAUGACUCCCACGACACCCUCUCCGAAACCAGUGCGUGGACAUCGACCGCCGCCUGUACAUGCUCACUCAUACCCUACUGCUUUUCCAGCAGCGUCGCCAGGUCGCACUACGCAACAUGGACGCGUUGCUCCGGUACCCACGAGAAGACAGGAUAAGUUAACGCCGAGCUACUACUCGUUCGCUUCAAACAGUACGAAGCUCGGAGAGAUCCCUAUGCGCAAUUGGACGGUCCCAUUCGACGAGGCUGAGGCUCGGAGGCUGAACGAGGCGGCUAUGGACAUGCCGUAUCCGUGGCAUAGCCCCCCGGUGGAGCAGAAGGAGAGACCAAAAGGUCGGUUUCGGUUUUGGAAAAAGGGGGAGGAUUGAGCUGUCCGUGUGUUAAUGGUAAUUCUGAUGACUGAUGAGCUACGAAAUCACUUUAGCAUUCUGACAGCGUUGAAGCGAUGCACUUAC